UCUACAUAAUAUACACAUCUCUCUCUCUCUCUCUCUCUCUCUCUGUUCUUGUCCAAACCAAACACCAUUUCUUAAACUCCACAAAUCCAUCAUCAACAACCUCAAUUCCCACGAAACCCCAUUUUCUCCAAAAUCCCAUGAUCCAAAUCUCCUUGUUCCAGAACCACAACUGCUUCAUCUUUCAGCUUGGAUCACCUUAGAAUCACCACACUCACACUCUCAACACUCACACUUCCAUUUCCAAAUGGGUCUAUGCACUUCCAAACCACACUCUCCUCCAAAUUCCAAACCCCAUUCACCUUCCAAUCACACUGAACCAGACACCACUUCCACUACCAAGCCUCAUUCCAAUGGCCAAAACCCUACUCCCCACACACCUACCCACCUCAAAACCGGUAAGAAAUCUCCCCUUUUCCCCUUUUACAGUCCCAGCCCUGCCCACCAUUUAUUCUCCGGUAAAUCUCCGGCUGCCGGAACUCCCCGGCGGUUUUUCCGGCCGCCGUCGCCGGCCAAGCACAUAAGGGCCGUGCUUGCUCGCCGGCACGGGUCCGUUAAGCCGAAUGAGGUCGCCAUUCCUGAAGGGAGUGAAGCUGAGGUUGCUGUUGCUUUGGACAAGAGUUUUGGAUUCUCCAAGCAUUUUGGGCACAAGUUUCAGCUUGGGGAUGAGGUUGGUAGAGGCCACUUUGGCUACACUUGUGCUGCUAAAUUCAUCAAGGGUGAUCUCAAAGGUCACCAGGUUGCUGUCAAGAUCAUCCCAAAAUCCAAGAUGACUACUGCCAUCGCUAUUGAGGAUGUAAGAAGGGAAGUGAAAAUAUUGAGAGCUUUGACUGGACACAAGAAUCUGAUACAAUUCUACGAUGCAUAUGAAGACCAUGAUAAUGUCUAUAUUGUAAUGGAAUUGUGCGAAGGAGGGGAGCUCUUGGACAGAAUAUUAUCAAGAGGUGGGAAAUAUACUGAGGAAGAUGCAAGAACUGUAAUGACACAAAUACUGAAUGUUGUUGCAUUUUGCCAUCUACAGGGUGUUGUGCAUCGUGAUCUUAAACCUGAGAACUUCCUGUUCACAUCCAAAGAUGAGAACUCAGAGCUGAAGGCCAUAGAUUUUGGGUUGUCAGAUUUUGUUAAACCAGAUGAAAGGCUAAAUGAUAUUGUUGGUAGCGCAUACUAUGUGGCUCCUGAAGUUCUGCAUAGAGCUUACAGUUCAGAGGCUGAUGUCUGGAGCAUUGGUGUGAUUGCAUACAUUUUAUUAUGUGGCAGCCGUCCAUUUUGGGCACGGACUGAAUCUGGGAUCUUUCGUGCUGUAUUGAAAGCUGACCCAAGUUUUGAUGAACCUCCUUGGCCCUCUCUGUCUGAUGAGGCAAAGGAUUUUGUUAAGCGACUACUAAAUAAAGAUCCAAGGAAAAGAAUGACUGCCGCACAGGCCUUAGGUCAUCCGUGGAUUAAAAAUUAUAAGGAUGUAAAAGUACCGUUGGAUAUUAUAGUGCUCAAGCUCAUGAGGGUGUACAUGCGUUCCUCCUCUCUACGAAAAGCAGCUUUACGGGCUCUGUCUAAAACGUUAGCUAUUGAUGAGCUGAAUUAUUUGAGGGAGCAAUUUGCAGUUUUAGAGCCUAAUAAAAAUGGCACCAUUAGCUUGGACAAUAUCAAAGCGGCCUUGAUGAAGAAUGCAACAGAUGCUAUGAAGGAGUCACGCAUUACAGAUUUUCUGGCAUCACUUAAUGCAUUACAAUAUAGAAGGAUGGAUUUUGAUGAGUUCUGUGCAGCUGCACUUAGUGUUCAUCAACUUGAAGCCCUUGACCGGUGGGAGCAACAUGCACGCUGUGCCUAUGAACUUUUUGAAAAAGAUGGAAAUAGGGCUAUUAUGAUUGAGGAACUAGCUUCGGAGCUUGGCCUUGGUCCAUCUGUCCCUGUUCACGCUGUUCUUCAUGACUGGAUCAGGCACACAGAUGGAAAGUUGAGCUUCCUUGGGUUUGUUAAAUUGUUGCAUGGUCCAUCUCGAAGUCUUGCAAGACCUCAGUAGAAAGUUCAGAAACCAUUCACAAGACCCAAGCAUGCUCAAUCCUCAAUUAUACUCUGAUUAUGUGGCCAAUAAAAUACUGGUCCACACAUCACAUUCCUAUCAUCAAGGGAUCUUUACCACUGUUUGAUUGUACUCAGCAUAUAUAAAUCAUCUGGGGUUCGUUCCCGCGUUUUAUAAGGUUGAAGCACUUCUACACUUGGAGCAGGAGUCAAAACCUUCUCCCACAGGCAUUUAUAUAUUUUCCACUGUAAAGCUGUUGUGUGUCAUAGUUUGUGAUUGUUAUUAGACGAUUAACAUUCUAACAUGUUCUGAGAUUCACAAUUGUGGAGUAUCAUUCUUGUCGACGGUUGAAUGAAAGAAGUUUUCAGAGCUCUAGCUUUCAAUGUUGUUGUAGUACCUUUUGAGAA